CCUGGACGCGACUCCAUUCAUCGUCAACACCAUCACGACCAACACCCCAUCUCCAGGAAUCGCGCGUCCAGUAUCGUGCAUUUCUCUCCGACGGUCUUUCUCACGAGAAAGAACAUCCACCCACACUCUUUACGUCGUCACGGCCGCCUCGCUGGAUUCUUUACGGUCGGACAUCUGAAGGCUUUGAUCAGGCCUCUGGCCCUGGCUGCCUCCAGCGCCAUCGCAUCAACACCUUCCUUUCCAUCGUGCGCUUCGAUUGCUUUUGCCUGUACCAUCCUUCUGCGACUUCGAUUCUGUUCUGCGACCUGCUCGAGACCCGACUGCUUUGCGCCCGACUCUGCGAUAAUACCCCCUUGUUCGCCACCGAAGGUGAACAUCAACAACCGCCAUCAUGGCGAACCUCAACUUUGCGCGCUCCGAUGCGAAGCUGCGAACAAUCCAGGAGGUCCAGUUCGGACUCUUAUCUCCCGAGGAGAUCAAGAACAUGAGUGUCUGCCACAUUCUGUAUCCUGAGACCAUGGACGAGACUCGAACAAAGCCGCGCGAAUCGGGACUGAACGACCCUCGCCUUGGAUCCAUCGACAGACAAUUCAAGUGCGGCACUUGCGACCAGAAUAUGUCCGAAUGUCCUGGUCAUUUCGGUCAUAUUGAGUUAGCAAAGCCGGUGUAUCAUCCUGGAUUCCUCAAAAAGAUCAAGAAGCUGUUGGAGAUAGUCUGCCACAACUGUGGUAGAGUCUUACUUGACAGAAGUAAUCCGGCCUACAAAGCAGCAGUCAAUAUUCGAGAUCCCAAGAGAAGAUUCGAUACGAUAUGGCGACUUUGCAAGCCCAAGAUGAUCUGUGAUAGUGAUGUGUCAACGAAUGAAGACGGCCUCAACGAGGAUCCUAAGGAAGCUGCCAAGCGCGCUCAUGGAGGUUGUGGCAAUACUCAGCCGGAAGUACGCCAGUCGGCUCUUGAGCUCUUUGGUACAUGGAAGGUCCCUAAGGAUGAGGAUAACGAGGGUGCGCAACCGGAGAAGAAACUCAUCACCCCAGAAAUGGCUCUGAACGUUUUUCGAAGCAUUUCUACCUCCGAGAUCUUUGACUUGGGCUUGAGCAACGAUUACGCACGACCGGAGUGGAUGAUCAUCACUGUGCUGCCUGUUCCACCUCCACCUGUUCGCCCCAGUAUUUCCAUGGACGGCACGAGUCAAGGCAUGCGAGGAGAGGACGAUUUGACCUACAAGCUCGGUGAUAUCAUCCGUGCAAAUGGCAACGUGAGACAGGCACAACAGGAGGGUGCACCUGCACAUGUCGCGUCAGAUUUUGAGCGGCUACUCCAAUACCACGUUGCUACAUACAUGGAUAACGAUAUUGCUGGUCAGCCACAGGCUCUGCAGAAGUCUGGCAGACCUGUCAAGUCCAUUCGUGCUCGUCUAAAGGGUAAGGAAGGUCGUCUGCGUGGUAACUUGAUGGGUAAGCGUGUCGACUUUUCGGCCCGUACCGUCAUUACUGGUGACCCGAACUUGUCUUUGGACGAGGUUGGAGUACCGAGAAGUAUUGCGCGGACACUCACAUAUCCUGAAACUGUGACGCCAUACAAUAUCGGCAAGCUGCAUCAACUAGUUCAGAAUGGUCCCAACGAACAUCCAGGUGCCAAGUACGUUAUUCGAACUGAUGGAAGCCGUAUCGAUCUCCGUCAUCACAGACGAGCCGGCGCGAUCUCACUGGAAUAUGGAUGGAAGGUGGAGAGACACAUCGUUGAUGGGGAUUUCAUUAUCUUCAAUCGUCAGCCUUCUCUGCACAAGGAGUCUAUGAUGGGUCACAGAGUCAAAGUCAUGCCAUACUCGACUUUCCGUCUCAAUUUGUCGGUCACUUCACCCUACAAUGCCGAUUUCGAUGGUGACGAAAUGAACUUGCACGUUCCACAGACUGAGGAGACGCGAGCCGAGGUUAUGCAGCUGUGUAUGGUUCCUUUCAACAUCGUUUCCCCUCAGCGAAACGCCCCUCUCAUGGGUAUUGUUCAGGAUACUCUGGCCGGUGUCUACAAGCUCUGCAGAAGAGAUACCUUCAUCGCGAAGGAGCAUCUCAUGAACAUUCUCCUCUGGGUUCCAGAAUGGGAUGGUGUUAUUCCCCAGCCGGCCAUCCUCAAGCCACGACCAAGAUGGACUGGAAAGCAGAUCUUCAGCAUGAUCAUUCCAAAGGUCGUCAACCUUCACACACCCAGCGACGCUCGUGAGGAUGCCCCUCUCCAGGAUGACGGUCUUCUGAUUUACGAGGGAGAGCUCAUGUUUGGUUUGAUGACUAAGAAGAACAUUGGUGCUAGCGGUGGUGGUAUUAUACACAUCAUCUUCAACGAGCUGGGCUCUAAUGGAGCCAUGGCUUUCUUCAACGGUUGCCAGCGUGUCGUCAACUACUGGCUUCUUCACAACGGAUUCAGUAUCGGUAUUGGAGAUACUGUCCCUGACAAGGCUACAAUUGAAAAGAUUGAAGGCGCUAUCCAGACACAGAAAGAUGAAGUCGCUGUCCUGACCGCCAAGGCAACUGCUAACGAGCUCGAAUCUCUUCCUGGUAUGAAUGUUCGUGAAACCUUCGAGUCCCAAGUCUCGAAGGCCUUGAACACUGCUCGUGAUCAAGCUGGUACCAAGACUGCAGCCAGUCUCAAGGAUAAUAACAAUGCGGUUAUUAUGGCACUAUCCGGUUCCAAGGGAACCACCAUCAAUAUCUCCCAAAUGACAGCCUUGGUCGGUCAGCAAUCCGUUGAGGGAAAGCGUAUUCCUUUCGGCUUCAAGUACCGAACUUUGCCUCAUUUCACAAAGGAUGAUUACUCUCCCGAGUCUCGUGGCUUCGUUGAGAACUCGUACCUUCGUGGACUCACCCCCACUGAGUUCUUUUUCCACGCCAUGGCUGGUCGUGAGGGUUUGAUCGAUACUGCAGUCAAGACUGCCGAGACUGGAUACAUUCAACGUCGUCUUGUGAAGGCAUUGGAAGAUGUCAUGGCAAAAUAUGACGGCACCGUCCGAAACUCCCUUGGUGACAUUGUGCAAUUCAUUUACGGUGAGGAUGGUCUCGACGGUGUUUGCAUCGAGAAGCAGAGGGUCGACAUGAUUAAUAUAGAUGACAAGAAGUUCGCUGACCGCUACCGUCUUGAUGUCAUGGAUGAGCGAAACCCAGUCUCCUCAGAACUUUUGGAGAAUGCAAACGAGCUUGCUGGCGAUCUCGAAGUGCAACAACUUCUCGACGAGGAAUGGGAUGCGCUCAAGGCCGAUCGUGAGUUGCUCCGCUGGGUCAACUACCAUAUGAAGGACGAUGAAUUGCUGCAAUUGCCAAUGAACAUUGCCCGAAUCAUCGACAGCGCCAGGAGACUGUUCAAGGUUGAUGACUAUCAACGCAGUGACUUGCAUCCAGCCGAGGUCAUUCCUCAAGUCAAGAGAUUGCUGGACCGUAUGGUCAUUGUUCGUGGCGACGAUGAAUUGUCUGUUGAAGCGCAGAACAACGCCACGUUGUUGAUCAAGGCACAGCUUCGAUCCCGCCUCGCCUUCAAGCGUAUUGCUCUCCAUCAACGUCUCAACAGGCUUGCCUUUGCUCAUGUUCUGGGUGAAGUUGAGAGUCGUUUCACGAAAGCUCUGGUUAACCCUGGUGAAAUGGUUGGUGUUCUUGCUGCUCAGUCUAUCGGAGAACCCGCUACCCAGAUGACCUUGAACACCUUCCAUUUUGCAGGUGUGUCUUCCAAGAACGUCACCCUCGGUGUGCCCCGUCUAAAGGAGAUUCUCAACGUUGCCACAAACAUCAAGACCCCGUCUAUGGUUGUCUACCAAGAAGGAAAUUAUGGCAGUCAGGAAUCGGCCAAGUACCUUCGUAGUGCUGUAGAGCACACGAAUCUGCGUUCCGUCACUGCGGCUACUGAGAUUUACCACGACCCGGAUAUUCAAUCCACCACCAUUGAGGACGAUUUGGACAUGGUUGAGUCGUACUUCAUCAUUCCCGAUGAUGUUCAAGACGCUCCUGAAAAUCAGUCUAGAUGGCUUCUGCGUCUCAUCCUCGAUCGCCAGAAGAUGCUGGAUAAGGGUCUUCGUGUUGAGGAUGUCGCUUCGAAGAUCAAGGAGAAUUAUCAGAAGGAUUUGGCAGUCAUCUUCAGUGACAAUAACGCCGAGGAGCAAGUUAUACGUAUCCGAAUGAUCAAGCAGAGUGAUUCCAAGUAUGAUGACGAGGAAGUGGAGGAAGACAUAAUGCUCAAGCGUCUCGAGGCACAUAUCCUUGAUACUCUCACUCUACGUGGUGUUCCUGGUGUUGACAGAGCUUUCUUGAAUAAGGAAACCAAACUCAUCGUUACUCCUGAGGGAGGUCUGCUUGCAAAGAAGGAUGAUCCUCGUUGCGAGGAAUGGUAUCUCGAUACAUCUGGAACUUCGCUCGCCGCUGUCUUGACCGUUCCGGGUGUCGAUACCAGACGCACGUACUCUAAUCACUUCAUCCAGAUUUUCGAGGUCUUUGGUAUCGAAGGUACUCGUUCUGCACUGAUGCGUGAGUUGACCGCCGUGCUGUCUUUCGAUGGUUCUUAUGUCAAUCAUCGUCAUUUGGCUCUUCUGGUUGAUGUCAUGACAUCCCGAGGUCAUUUGAUGGCCAUCACUCGUCACGGUAUCAAUCGUGCUGAUACUGGUGCGUUGAUGAGAUGUUCUUUUGAAGAGACUGUGGAGAUUCUUCUUGAGGCUGCUGCUGUUGGUGAAUUGGACGAUUGCCGCGGCAUCUCUGAGAACGUCAUGCUUGGUCAACUUGCUCCUAUGGGGACUGGAGAGCUUGAUGUCCUCCUUGACCCCAAGAUGCUUGAGACCGUUAUCUCUGAUAAUGGCAGAAUGGGUCUCAUGCCUGGUUUGACUGUCAAGGGUGCUGAUGGAGGUGCUGCUACACCAUAUGACUCUGGCUCUCCUUUGGCCGAGGGCGGUUACUUGUCCAUGAACACUCCAGACUACAACUCGAACUUCUCUCCAAUCCAAACCGGUGGCUCGGCAACUCCAGGUGGAUUCCAAACUAGUUACACCGACAACUCCGGCUUCAGCAACCAGAGCCCAUACACCGUGCGAAGCCCUGGUGGUGGCUAUUCUCCUGCAAGUCCGUUCAGCACGAGUCCUGUCUCUCCUGGGUUCUCUCCUACAUCUCCCGGCUAUUCGCCAACUUCUCCAAUGAUGGGUUCUGCCAGUCCGGGUUACAACGUCUCCUCCCCUCGCUUCAGUCCUGUUAGCCCUGCGUUUACUCCAACCAGUCCUGCCUACAGUCCAACGAGUCCUUCGUUCGUUUCUCCGACGUCACCGUCAUACAGUCCAACUUCUCCAAACUACUCGCCAACGUCUCCAAAUCUUCACGUCUCGCCCAGCUCGCCUUCGUACAGUCCUACGUCUCCGAGCUACUCUCCCACUUCGCCGAACUACAGCCCAUCAUCUCCAAACUUCGCAGCUGGCAACAAGAUUUCCCCUGGCUCUGGGCUCUCCCCAACCAGUCCAGUCUACAGUCCGUCAAGUCCCAACUGGAGUCCAACUUCUCCUGCUCAAGGUGGGGCUGCUACUUCGCCGAAGUACUCUCCCACCAGUCCCUCCUAUUCUCCCACAAGCCCUCAAUUUUCUCCAACUUCUCCUCGUAAUUGAGACCGAAAAUGACCUUUCUAUUUCCCUGUACAACAUGCGAGUCCUACUCAUCAAAAGAAAAAAGAUCUGCAUUCGGGCGUUUGGGAUUCACGUGUGCCUUCAAUUUUCAGGCACUUCAUAAAACAGGAAGAUAGUCUGUUCUUCCUUCGGCAUUUCACAUAUUUUCACGAUUGUUUCCAUACUCCCAGUCAGUCGCGAGAGAAACCUAGCACAGGGCGUUUUCGGGAUUUGCGUUUUGCUUUCACUUUUGCAUUUUCACGGGUUAUAUGUGUGGUGGAUGGGGGGUUAAAAGACGCGAUGCAAUGCAAUGCGACCGCUGUGUGUUUUUAGAGCAGUUGAUGGUUGGGCCCGAACAGAUUGCUUUUAUAUUAGGGCAUGCGUGGGUAUGAAAAUGCCAGAUUGAGGUGAAGCUGACAGGGAGGGGAAUUUGAAUUGGUGGGUGGAUGGACGGAUGGGGCUCGGAUGCGGAACUUUUCUGAUUUGGGAGGAGGGGGGUGAGAAAUCGAGCGAGCAAGGACGGAAGGAAGCCAGAUGUGUUAUGACGAGAUAAUUGGAUGAUUGAUCGAUCGAGUGCCUGGAGGCGGACAGAAAAUGAAGACGAGAUUGAUAGAUGCAUGAAAUAUGAUGCAUUUAUACAAUUGUGUGUGUUGAGAGCUACAUGCAAUGUGAAGUGAAGCAAUAAUCAUCUUGCCUGCUAUCUGAUAAUAAGAAUCAUCAGCUCUUGCCUGCCCUGGCACUGUUCCCAUCCUUCUCAACGACGCUGAAGCUCCGGCUAAGCGAAUCAAACCACCACAAACCCCGCGCUACUUUGUCAGCGUGAAUAAAAUACCUCAAGUAGGAGCAAGGCUAUCAGAUCUAUAAGGCUCUCCCCAGCUGAGCGAAUCAAAAGACCGUUUCGCACUAAGCUUGCAU